CAAGUGACCAUCUGAAAAAGGAAGUGUAGAGCACUUCCCUCUUAGAAUCACAUCAGAGCUGAGCUGCUUUCAGACGACUCCGUCUUGUUGUGGAUGCUGAAGCUGAUCAUGGUUCUCCUGUGGAUGAUCCUGUUGGUGGUUCUGCUCUGUGCAGAGGCCGAGAAGGUGACCGAGGUCAGAGGAGAGCUGGGGACCAAUGUCACUCUAACCUGCUCCAAUCAGACAUCAGACCCACACUGGUACAUGGAGAUCCACAGUCAGUUCAGAGCAUGUAUCGGCCGCAGUUUUUCUUCAGCAGUCUCUACCUACUGCUCUCCUGGUUUUGAAUCCAAAUUUUCAAUCCUGAGAAACAAAAUUGUGAUUAAAAACUUCACAGCAGAGGACUGCAGGCUUUACUUCUGUGGCAUCAAGAGAGAUGGCAGCAUUCAUUUUGUGGAGACUUUCCACUUUUUGUUAGAUGCGUCUACCAGCAACCCACUGAAGGACUGCAUCAUGACUCAGUUCAUCCUCACGAUAUCCGUCUCAGUUGCCGCUGUCAUCAUUCUGAUAAUGGGUGGGGUUUUGAUACUGCUGUGUUCGAGGAAGAACAAAAGUAGCAAACAGGUGGAAGAGCCUUCAGCUCACAUCUACGAGAACGCAGAAACACUGUGGGCUAUUCAGGGCAAGGUGAUCCACCCCUACCGAGCAAGACAUCACUGAACGAGUUCUUUCAGACGCUACAAGACUUCAUUUGUUGUAUUUCACUGAAAAACAUACAAACAUUUGUGCACAUUUCUUCUCUGCAGCAAAUACAUUAAUUUUUUGCUAGUGCUGUAGAGCGUUAAUCUCGUUAAAAUGAUGUUAACGCCAUAACCGCGUUAACGCGACAAAUCUGCAUUAGCGAGUCAAUGUGGAUCGCCCCGUGCGUGGGGCUGCACAGCGUCAACGCAUAGAUUUGCCACGUCACUGCGGUUAUGGCGUUAACGUCAUUUUAACGAGAUUAAGGCUGACAGCACUACAUUUUGUAUAUUAUCAGGUUUGUUGGAAGACAUCUGUCCACUUGAGAUGUAAAACUUUCCAAUCAUAUGGAAAGGUGUGCGUUUUAAAAGAUAAACUAUAAGCUGCUGUCAAACCCUGUCAAGAUGGAAUCUGAAGGCAGACAAUGAUUCAAACUUGUGGGUUCAUUUUGCAGUAUUAGUACUAGGUGGAGGCAAUAACAGUAUUUAUGAUACUAACAGAAAUUUUAUAAAAUACACUGAGUAACAGUAGUAAAAGAAGUACAAACAUAGUUAAUGUCAACAUCAUAGGUAGUAGUUUUCGUUAAAGUUCUUGAAAAUGGAGCAGUAACCUAUUAAUAGAUGUAGUAAAGUCUACGUUUGUGGUAGAACUGAUGCAGUAGUAAUAACAGCAAGGAUUAUGGGUAGUUUUUGCAGGAAUUUUAUAGCGUUACUGUCAGACAGGAUGGGGUUGGUGGGUAAAACGUUUCCUGACUUCUUCUUUUCUGCAAAGAUUCUGGCAACGCCUGAAGAAAAAGUAGAAAAGAGGAAAUAAUUUGAAGUGCUAAUUUUACAAACGUUUCCAGGGAAAUAUGGCUACUCUGCAUGACUUCACCAUUAAAAUCCUACUGUCAUCACUUCUUCUGCACACAACGAUGUGGCUGAAUUUAACUUUAAAGUCUUCACUCUCAGAAACAGCCAAAUGUAUUAGAUGUGCUGAGUGUGUUGGGAGGUUCUUCAGAACCACUGAGGUAUCUGACGUACCACAUCUUUUGGUGUGCAGCUGAUCACUUAUGUAACAGAUGGUCCCUACAGUCAUGUGUAAAAACUAGAUUUUUGCCUUGAAUAAGAGUUUAUAACUCUGUCAGGCUGGAGAUGGAGGGCAGACCUUUCUUCUUAUUUGACUGUUUCAGUAUUGGCUUUUGUACCAGACGUUUUACAGUCAUAGCAGUAACAGUAACUACUGUACUGUUUGUACUUCUGCUUUUGGUUUUCUCUUAUUGUUAGCAAUAUAGAUGGUAGCAGGAUUUGUAAUGAUUAUAGUAAAUGUUGCAGUAACUUACUAAUAGAUGUAGAAAAGGCUGCCCUAGAAGUAGUAAUACCCUUGGUUAAGGGUAGUUGUAGCACAGGACCUGUAAAACCAUGCAAAUAGUAUAAAAUGGAGUUUGUCUUUGACUCAUUUGUCUGUUUCCACUUGUUUGUUUCACUGUGCAAUUUAAAAAAUGUAAAUGGAGUCAAAUGUUUUAUACUUUUUACUUAAUUUAAUUUAUAUUUAACUAUCUUUUUUUUAUUUUCAAGUCACUUUCUUUUCAGUAUCAGCUAUGAGCUGUUGUUAAGGGAAGAUUUACGAUGUUCAGAAAAUACAUUAUGAUCCGAGCAGAAUUUCAUUUUUUUUUCCAUUUUCAUUUUCUUUCAAUUUGUAUUUUAAGUUCAGUUUAAUGUCAUUUCUCUGUGAUUUACCAUCUCAACACUUACAUUUCCUCUUACUAAUAACAUCUCUGAUACAUACAUAUGAUGCAGAGUAGUUUGCAAAGAAAUCCUUAAUAACGGAGAGCUCCUGUAAUGCCUGAUUUAUUAAAACAAGUUAAACAGGUUCAGACUGCACCAGCGUCUCUGAGAAAUUAACUGGCAGAAUGAAUGCACAAAGUUUAACCAUUUUUCUGUAAAUGUUACCAGUUAGUCAUGCAACCCUUUUAAUUACAUUUUUUAAAUUGUAUAUAUCAAGAUUUAUGCUUGAACUGCUGAGUUGUUGGUUUUUUUUUUUAGAUAAAUGAUGACAGGAAA